AUGCCGUCACUCGAAGGCCUAUCUUUAGUUCCCUAUCGCUCGCUCGAUCCAUCCGAGACUGAGGUCCGGCUGCUUGAGCUGCAUCCGGCUUCGACUGGCAACAUCAAUGAGCGCCUUGUAUGUCGCCUGGUACAUGAACGACUUAGCGAAUCCUCCGACUUUAUUGGCCUUUCCUCGCUCUUCGGUGACAUCAAUGUCACCGAGACCAUCCAAGUGAAUGGGACCAGGGUCGCCUUGCCCGCCAACGUUGCCCAGGCACUACGUUACGUCCGAGCCGUUUUUCUGGCCCCUUCACCACCGACUCCAUGUUCCUCUUCAUCAGAUCUUCGAGAGGAGAAAAGAUACGAAGCACCUCUUCCACCUCCUCCUCCACCCAAGAAGGCUCCAAGCUGGCUUCGAUCUCUCUUCAGGGGUGUUCGCAACGCAUUUGCCGAGCCCUCAAAAGGGGCUAGGCCACCUCUGCGCAUAUGGCUUGACACUUUGUGCAUCAACAGAAGAGAUGCACGUGAGGAGGCAGAGCGACGAUCUCAUAUGGCGCGAGCUUACCGACAUGCCAAGAUGGUAGUUGGAUGGCUUGGACCCAAAGAUUCUACUUCCGAUCUCGCCAUCGAGAUCAUCCGGGCAUGGGAUAAAUGCAUGCCCCUCACCUUUGGCGAGCCAGGUGACCGUGAGCUUCACCCAAAAAACUACGCCCCUACACUACAAUGGAUGGGCCCUGUUGCGCACCUGAGUGAUAUCCCAGAGGGUAUCACCGACCCGCGUGAGGUACCCAGCUACAAGGCCAUUUCAGAGUUUCUCAACCGGCCAUACUUCCGGAACACAUGGAUGCUGGACGAUAUGACCAUGGCGCGAUUCCCAGCUUUCCUAUUAGGCGACGACAUUGUGUCCUGGAUGCAGAUAUUGCGGCUCAACCGCGUCAACGAAGACAUUAAAGAUCAUGGAGCCGACAUGUUCCCUGAUCAUUUACGGCAUUUGCUAGAGUACAUGCCGCUUGGGAGUGUAUACACCUUCCUAAAGGAGUUUGAUAUGCGGCAGAGGGAGGAAGGGAUUGUUCCAAUGAUGAUCACCGCCACGAGUUCGGUGAGGAGUUCAGAAUCUAUAUCCGCUUUGCGAGGAGCGCAAAGAUAG